AUGGCAAGCAAAGGACCCACAACCUCUACAUCAACAAAGAACUCCAGUACUGGAGGGACCAGUGGCAGCAGUAGCAGUAACGGUGCUGGGGACAAUACUAAUCAGGACAACACUUUUGAAUGUAACAUCUGUUUAGACACUGCCAAGGAUGCAGUUAUCAGCUUGUGUGGACAUCUUUUCUGCUGGCCUUGUUUACACCAGGGAUUCCAGGGCUUUGGGUUUGGCGAUGGCGGCUUCCAAAUGUCAUUCGGAAUUGGGGCAUUUCCCUUUGGUAUAUUUGCAACAGCAUUCAACAUAAACGACGGGCGACCUCCUCCAGCUGUUCCUGGGACUCCUCAAUAUGUGGAUGAACAGUUCCUAUCCCGCCUCUUCCUGUUUGUGGCUCUGGUGAUAAUGUUCUGGCUGUUGAUUGCAUAAAUCUUUUCCAUUAUUCUGUAUGUUCAUGGCCAGCGAGGCCACUGGAACAGUUACAAACUGCAUCCCCAUCCCAUAUUAAACCUCUUGGUGUCUGGUUCCAUAGCUUAACUAUGGGCUUCAGGAAUUGGUGGUACCACAGCACGAUGAGGAAUCUCCCAUUUUUCACCAGAAUUGGAAAUUAAUCAUUGGUUAAAAAGUGUAUUUCAGCUCAGCUAUCUUGUACAACAGGUUCCUGCCACAAACCAUGGGCCUAGCUUUGAGCUCUGCUCCUAAAAGGAGCGCUGCUUUGAAAUCCUGUGCCAAUCAGUGACACCAGGUUUAUGUGAAAGACAGUUGCCCCAAGGUAGACUGGGCAGGUAAGGAAACUUUCGCAGUGUGAUCAGUAUCUCGUGCUUGGCAACCACGAUGGAUCUGCCAGAGCUGCAGAUGUUAUUUAAUGUCUUCACAUCAACAUCCAACCUUCUUCAGGAAAUCAUCUGCAGCACUGCUGAGACUCUCUGGGCACAGCACGUGAUGCAAAAUGGAACCAUGUUUGGAGACUGGUUUCUUUCCUUGCUGUUAUUUUCCAGCGUGAUGGAAAACCCCUCCUGAAGCGGUUCUAAUGGCUCUU